UCAAUUUUUCAGAAUAAUGGCUGAGGCAUUGAUAGAGACUAACAAUGAUGUGUCUAGUGUUGUUAAAGGAAAUCCAUCUCAGUAUGUUAAACUAAAUGUUGGUGGUUCUCUACACUACACAACUAUAGGAACUCUGACAAAACAUGACAAUAUGCUCCGAGCAAUGUUCUCCGGUCGUCUAGAGGUUCUUACAGAUAGUGACGGUUGGAUCUUGAUAGAUCGGAGCGGGAGACAUUUUGGGAGUAUUCUUAAUUUUCUUCGGGACGGAGCAGUUCCGCUCCCGGAUACUAAACGAGAACUACAAGAGCUACUGGCUGAGUCUAAGUACUACUGUAUCGAUGAGUUGACCCAGGAGUGUGACUCUCUGCUAGGACAGUACGGGGACUCGAGGGCUGAUGUAGUUCCUAUCUGUCGUGUUCCUCUAAUCACAAGUACUAGGGAGGAGCAGGCUCUGAUCUCCGGGAACAAGAUGAAACCCGUGGUGAAGCUAUUGAUCAACCGGCACAAUAACAAGUACAGUUACACCGGGGCUAGCGACGACAAUCUUCUCAAGAAUAUUGAACUCUUUGAUAAACUCUCUCUUAGGUUUAGUAAUAGGGUUCUGUUCAUCAAGGAUGUUAUAGGAUCCAAUGAAAUCUGUUGCUGGACGUUCUAUGGUCACGGUAAGAAGAUUGCUGAAGUCUGCUGUACUGCUAUUGUCUAUGCUACAGAUCGUAAAAAUACAAAGGUUGAGUUUCCUGAGGCUCGGAUAUACGAGGAAACCUUGAAUUGUCUUCUCUAUGAGAACAGAACAGGACCAGAUCAAGAUCUCAUGCAGGCAACCUCGGCCCGUGGAGCUGUCGCCAGUUACACCUCGGACGACGAGGAGGACCGGAGGCUGGGUGGUGAGGCUGGAUCAUCUGGAGUUCAGGCUCCAGUACAGAGCUCCUCCCGGAGUACUGGUCUAGCUAGACUUAGAGCUAGUAAAAACUCAUAAACUCCUUCCACCCACACUCAACAUUGUGAUCCUAUAGCUCGUUUAUCUAUCGUUAGUUUAAUACCAAGUUGAAUUGAAAUGAAUACACAAUAUUUAUAUAUUAUAAUUGGAACCUUUUCUUUAUUAUAUAAUUUUAGCAUGUGAUAUUAUGAUAUAUAUUUAAUCACUAUUGCCGAUGAAGAAAUCUCGAAAAGUUAAGUUUCAUCUUUUGCACAAAUUAAUGAAAUUAAACAGUUCACCCUUUUUAAAUGUAUAUUGUAUAUAUAUAGUAAUGUAAUAAAAUAGUGGAAGUAAGAAAUUUACAACUAGAAAAUGAGAACCAAGUGUAUUCAGUUGAUGCCAAGUUAUAUUUGAUAGAAUUGUACUAUGCCUAGUCAUAAUCUAAGUUUAAGAAAGAAUUGUAACAAUAUAUUAAUUUUUAAAAA